AGAGAGAGAGAGAGAGAGAGAGAGGGAGAGAGAGCGAGAAGCUCGACCGACGCGUCUCGCGUGGAUUUUACCAACCAAGGCAGCGCGCGAAGGACUUUGCUCUUAUACCCCGCUUUAUUUUUGCAUUUAUUUGUCAAAUGUACUAAAACUGGGCUUACGAAGCAAACUACACGAGAAGCAGCAGCCGGGGUGGAAUAAAACAAACAAACGCAACACGUAUCCGGUAGUGGUCCCAAGAGAGAAACGACAGGAGUUUGGAGCCAGACGUGGAAAGCAAAGCGAAGUAAGGGACGGGGAAAAGACGGCAUUUCGCUUGCUGUGCAGCACUACCCUCUGCAACAACAAAAAAACGGAAUAAUGAGGAACGUUUGCUUCAUUUUGACCCUCGGCUUGGCAGUCUACCUCUCCGGGGAAAGGAUAGCAGAGGCAGCCAAGACUUCCUCCCAGGCUGACGACUUAUACCUGGAUGACACCGGCUCGGGAGGUUACUACCCCGAAGACGACGAUGACUUUAACUCGGGGUCUGGCUCAGGUGCGGGUAAAGAGGUGGCCGAAGAAGUAGUGACCGUCAGUAUGGUGUAUAUCGCACCCAAAGCAAUAGAUCCCACCAAGGACUCCACCAAAGAUUUCAGCACCAAGGUGGAGGCGGCUACAGUCAGAGAAAAGGCCGGCGACGGCGCAUCUAAGAAGCCAUUCAGAACAGAGGCCCCACCAGUGCCGGUUACAGAGGACAUGCAGAGGAACCAGAUAACCAGUACAACCAGCGCCCCAGGCUCGGCUCAAGAGCCUAUCGAGGUCCGCACCGAGAACCUCUUCCAAAGGACGGAAGUGCUGGCAGCUGUUAUUGCUGGCGGGGUGAUUGGAUUCCUGUUCGCCAUCUUCCUCAUCCUACUCCUGGUUUACCGCAUGAGGAAGAAGGACGAGGGCAGCUAUGACCUGGGUGAGAGGAAACCUUCCGGCGGAGCCUAUCAGAAGGCCCCGACCAAGGAGUUUUAUGCAUAAAAGGCCCGCCCCACCAGUCAUGGGAUCAACAAAUCACAAGAGGCUGCCCGAGCUGCAGCGCCCGGCAGCAGCGAACAUGAGAAACAACAAUACGUUACAAUGUUGAUUCAUGGAAAAAUAGCGUUAACGGAAAGCUUUUGCAUCGCAUAUUGUUCUUGAUUUUUUUUCCUGCCCCCCCUCCCCCUUUUUAUUUUCCCAAACAAGCUUUCCUCAUUUUAUGGCAACUGUCAGUGUAUUGUAUAAAAAAACAAACAAACAAGAUUUUAAAAAAGAUAUCACAAACAGGAUCUGUAAAGGUGAGAAAAUCAACUGCAUCAGUCUUCUGUCAAAGGAGCUUGUGUUUAGUCACUGACUACUUUUAACUGUAGCAGUAUGUGUAAAGAAAAAAAAAAGUCAAAA